GAAAUCUGUGAUUGCUAUGGUAAUUUCCUUGCCAAUUAUUAUUGUAGUAGGGAGUGGCGGUGCAAGUGGGCUGGAAUGCCUCUCUGGUCCAACUUUGCGCUGUGAAGAAAUCGAGUCUUGCGUGCACAAAGGACUCCCCCUGGGCCCCUCUCGCUCCGUAUAUCUGUACAGGGUGUCACCUACAGCAAAUCCAGUCUGAGAGGCCCAAGUCACUGGUGGAUCUUUUAAAUUUAUACACAUAGUCAUAACUGGGCUGCGCGUAUGCCUCGCCGCACGUCUAACCGCGUCAUUUGCCCCUCUUCCACAACAUAUCAGUCUCCUGCUCCCCCUUCCGAGCCACCCAUUUCCCCCCUCGACCCUAACGUUUCCCAGCUCAGACGACAGUGGAAAUGGGCCGCCUUCAGCCAGUUCUUCUUCACGUUCAACGCGCUAUUCGCCAUGUCUGAUGUCGCGCUCGUGGAUAUCGAGAAUGACCUCGCAUACUCUACCGACCGAGUCCUGUCCCGCGUAAUGCAGCGGUUGCUCACAGUUUUGACUCAAGACAGGAAAAUAAGUACUGAUAGCUGGCAAAACGUGUUGCGCAGGCAGUAUCUCAAGAGAAAUCCAGAUGCCAACCCCAUCGGCCCAAUGGAGCCGCGGCAGUCUCAUGCAGCAGAGUCAUCACGUGCUUCCACCGUUGUCCCUCCUCACACCAACGGCUCUUCUGAAACGCCCGCUUGCGAAGUUCCACAGCAAGACCCUCCGCUGGACGGGACACCUAUCGGCCAUGAUUGUUCCACCGAGAGCCAUAGAAGUCCUGACCCCGUAAAGGUUGAGGACGAAGAAUCUGGUACGGACCAACCUCAACACUGUGGGAAACAGAUAAAUUGGUUGGAACUCCCUAUGCUUGCCAAACUCGAGUCCCUUCAUACCUUGGUAGAAUGGCAGUUCCAAAACCCCCUUCGCCUGCGUUCCCAGAUGAAAGACGAUGAUGAUAACGCGCAAUGGAGAAUCGAACCUAUUGGCUAUGACGCCAAAAGAAACGCUUACUGGCUGAUCGGAGCCGACCGCUUGUGGAUCCAGCGGGAGCCACCAAAAGUAACCGCCAAGCGGAAACGCAAGCCGAACGUAAGAAGUCCGAAGGAACCAGACGAUGUCUCUCAAGAACGACUCGCUUCAUCCAAACGUCAGCGAUUGGACCGAGAUAUACCAUCACAGUCCGCCCGUCAGAAGGCUCCUGAAAAUCCCUUGAAUUCAAGGGGUAGUCGCGCUGCUAAAGCUCGCGCAAAUGCGAAACUUGAUGCGCAAGCCAAGGACCUCGCCAAAUUCGAGCGCCAUAUAACUUCAUUAUCUCGCACUAAGGCCUCAAAAGCAAAUUCUCUUUCCCGUAACCAGCACCGACUGACUGGAAUUCGUGUCAGUGCACGUCUCCGAGGGGAGGCGGUCAUAGAAGACGAAUGGCAAGAGAUCCCGGAGGAAUGGUUAAAUACCCAAAUUACAAGCCCAGUCGACAAAAAGCCCUCGCCUUCCCCGUCCCGGCGAGAGCACGGCACAAAGACAGGUUUAGAGAGCGACGACGAGUUUGUCAGUGACCUUACGGAACUUAGUGAUAUUGAAUCGGAACCUGGACCUGGGGCGUCUGCAACGGAGGUGGAGGCAAGAGAGUCCGUCCUGUCCAAGGAAGAUCUUGGUGUUACAGAAGAUGCUGGUGUCUCUGACAUGCAUAUCACUCAAGAAGAGAAAGAAGCAGAGCCAGCUACAGAUCGGCAUCCCCUUCCCCCUGGUGAUUUUGUCGAGUGGGAGACGAUAUGUGUAGCUCUUGAAGAGUGGGAGAACAUUGCUGGACGCUUUGAAAACGUGGCUCAUUACGCAGAAAAGGCAUUGUACAAGGUCUUGUCUCAGAACAUCGUCCCGAUUAUCACAGCAGAACUUCGGGAAGCGGAACAGAAGCGACGUAUGGAGGAAGCCGUUGUUCACCGCAAACGCUCAUCCCGAAUAGCGACGAAAGAACUACUAAAAGAGGAAGAGCGCUUAGCUAGGAGAAGACGCGAAGAGGAAGACGAGAAGUUAAGCAGAGCCCGACGAUUAGAGGCUCGCCAACGAAAGGAGGAAGCAGAACGAUUGAAGAGAGAAAAUGCUCGGGAACAACGGAGACGAGAACGCGAAAUGCGUGAACAGCGGUCCGCGGAAGAAGAGGAAACAGAACUGAGGGAGCAUGCCGGACUUGAGGAAGCCGAUCAAGUUCCAAACUCUUUCGUGCAACUUGGUGUGACUUCUUCAAGCGUCCCUUCUGUCAACGGUGGCGGCAGUGGAUCCCGCAUCUCCGCAGAGACCUGGGAGCUCGACUGCGAAAUUUGUCUUCGUAAAGGCCUCAACCAGGAUGAUGGUGUACCUGUCGUAUGUUGUACCUUGUGUUCCAAAUGGCAACACAUCCCCUGUCAUGACAGACAAGAUACUUUGGCCCGCCGUCAGAAACGAGACUGGGACUCUGAUGAUUUUGUUUGUCAGCGGUGCCAGUUGAAGGACUCAAAAACAUCACCACCCAACCACGGAGCUCUAUAUCACCCGAGUGCUACCAUGGAUCGCCGCACAACGGACUACACGACUGGGACGCAGCCCUACUACCCCUAUCCUCGUAACUACUUGAACGGGGGUUACUAUCCACCAGCUGCUUUGAGUGGAAGGUACACUUACGAAAACCAAUCUGAGAUACGGUCUUCCCCUUUGCGUGCACCGCAGUACUGCCACCAACAGCCGCGGUCCGCGAAUGUCACAUUCGCCCACUACCAACCCCAGGGGGGUAGUUUCUCCACCUCUCGCCCUACGUAUUCAGUUUCAGAGACUACACAACACAAUCAGUAUUCGCACCACCCCCCCUACUCGGCGCAAAGCCCUGGAAUACGCCCCUAUCCCCCUUCGUCCCAGGCGCAGUCCACCGUACCUAUGCCACUGAUGCAUAGUCCCGGGCAAUGGCAACCCGUCUCAUACCCGCACAAUGAUAGCCCGCACGCCACGACUGCCGCACCACCGCAUCACACAAAUGGUACUCAACCAUAUUACUCCAGCCAAGUACUUAAUAGCAAUCUGCAAGCACAAUACUCUCAAAUGAGAGACAGCAGUCGGACAUCGAGCUACGGCGCGGUGCCGCAGCAUCCUCGUUCAUAUCAGCCUGACUAGGAAGCCUUGAGAAAUGUACCCAAUGUCGUCUUUUCGUUCAUCGAAACUGCUAUUAUCCGGUACACCACGGAAUUAUGGGCCCAACUUAC